CAUCGGCAAGCUGCUAGUAGAACAUUUUAUUUUGUUGUUGCUUCAGUUGCGUUCCGUCUCGUGUGCUGUUCUUUCGUAACGUUUAAUUCAUUUGUGUAACAUUUUUAUUUUGAAUACCUUACGAUAUGGUGUUAAUAAAGGAAUAUCGUGUUUGCAUGCCGCUCACUGUUGAGGAGUACAAAAUCGGUCAGCUGUAUAUGAUUGCGCGCCACAGUCUGGAGCAAUCGGACGAGGGCGAAGGCGUCGAGGUAAUGGACAACAAGCCAUGCGAAGAUCCCGUUCACGGCAAGGGGCAGUACACGGAGAAGCGCAUACACCUGUCCAAUCGGCUUCCUUACUGGAUUCAGGCCAUAUGUCCGCGCGUCUUCUAUGUGACGGAAAAAUCAUGGAAUUACUAUCCUUAUACGCUAACAGAAUACACGUGUUCCUUCAUACCAAAAUUAAAUGUUCUAAUCAAGACUAAAUAUGAGAAUAACAAUGGCAGCACAGAGAAUUGUCUGGAUCUGAGCGAAGAUGAGUUGAAAGUUCGUAUUGUGGAUCAUGUGGACAUUGCAUUUGAUGAGCUAACGGGCAAGCAUUACAAACGCGAAGAGGAUCCAAAGUUCUUCAAGUCAGAAAAGACAAAUCGUGGUCCACUGAUUGAGGGCUGGCGUGAAACGGAUUCUCCUAUCAUGUGCUCCUACAAGGUCGUCCAUGCCAGCUUCGAGGUGUGGGGCCUGCAAACCAAAGUGGAAGACUUCAUACAGCGCGGCAUUCGGGAUAUUUUGCUGCUGGGGCAUCGUCAGGCGUUUGCCUGGCUGGACGAGUGGUACGGCAUGACGCUGGAGGAUGUGCGCAUCUAUGAGCGACAAAAGCAGGCCGAGACCAAUGAGAAGGUUCAACAGAAUACUAAUCCACAGCCAGUAAAGGCGGCCGAGAUCACGUCUCCAGACAAAGUCGAAUCUUAGAUUAUAUUUCUUGACCUAUAUUGAACUAUUUGUGAAUGGUAUACCAAAAUUGGAAAGUUUUAACUAUUAGCUCAAUAAGACAUCAUUAUGCGAGCUUACAAUUUUCUCAAGUCAUAGUCAUAAGAAUAUAAAACGCAUUUCAAAUGGUCCAAAAAAGCACAAAAUA